AUGUCUUUUUUCAUUAAGGAACAAGAUCGUCAUAAUGGUGAAACCAUUGAAUAUAAAGGUCAUAAUUUCGUUGUUGUAACAUAUCGUAUGCGAACAGAAUGUGAAGUAUGUAAUCAUCCAUGUUAUAAUUUAAUUUCUCCACCACCAUGCCUUCAAUGUACACGAUGUCGUGUUCGUUGUCAUAAACAACAUUAUGAUGAUGGAGAAUUUAUCCAACCAUGUCGAGUUUAUGAUACAUUAACUGUUAAAGAAUUAUUGGUUAUGUGUGCUAGUGAAAAAGAACAAAAACAAUGGAUUAAUAAAUUAAGUAAAAAAGUACCACGUCCACCAAUUCCUCAAUUGGACCCAGGAAGAACAAGUACUGCAUCAUUUCGUUCGCCAAAUACAAGUAUGAGUUCGUCGACUUCCAAUUUAUUCGGUAAUAAUGCUGGAUUAACACCGAAACAAAAAUAUUCAACACUUCCAAAUCGUGCUAAGUGA